GACUGAUCCGGGCUUGGCAUGUUUGAUACGGAUCGUUCGUUGCCGAAGUUGCCUGCAAGGUUUAUGUCAUCCGAUCUUUUGGUGAACGUUCACGCCAUCUUCGAGAAACAUACCCAUGCCAUUGAAAUCACACAUCAAACAAACGUGUAUCUCAUACAGUUGACGAGAUCAAUUCGCGACACACGUGCAGGUUUGAGGGCAGAGCACCACAACCCUCUCCUACGUAUUGCACAAUCUUCAACUAGGCACCCUCCAAUCUCGAAGCCAUCAGAAUCUUGAUACCAUGUCCGUCAACUGGGUGAUGCUCGAUGGCAAAGGAGGAUUUGUUCCUCUACCGGGCGAAAAGGUCAUUCACAAAUCAUCGCCACGAAUUGCCCUGGCAAUCACGACCCCAACCAGUUAUCCAGGCAACAACCCAUUAUCCAUACAUUCCAACUCAGGCAUCGCAUAUGUCACCAAUCAAAGGGUUGUCUAUCUUCCUGAGAAGCCCACUGCAGAACUCAAAUCAUUUUCUGCACCGUUGCUCAACCUUCACGACACUCAUGUCACAGUGCCAUGGUUUGGGCCGAAUGCUUGGCAGGCAGCCCUCCAGCCUGUACCGGGUGGCAAUAUUCCGGGAACACAGGCAAGCAUCGAAGUCAAGUUGACCUUCAAGGAGGGCGGAGCGCCAGAUUUCCAUUCCAAUUUCGAGAGAAUUAAGGAAAGACUACAACAAGUUGUAUCCGUAGCAAGAGAGAACAACCUCACUGGUGGCCGACAAGACAACAUCAACCUUGACACCGUGCAUCUCGACGAGUUACCCACAUACCAAGAAUCUGGACAUGACAGGGUCGCGCCAGCUAACGCUGCUGAACCUGCUGAUCUACUGGAAUCGCCGGGCGGGGCGAGUCCCAUCGGCGCGCCAGAGACGAACUCUGCGGCAGUCCAACCGCCGCCAGAUGCGCCGCCGGGAUACGAAGAGACACAGCAGCAGAGUAUACAGGCUGAAUUAGAUCGGAGACUCAGUCAGACUGACCGCUGAACCUCUAACGACGGGAAUGGAUACCAGUAUUGUAUGAUUAUGCACCAUGGCGUUGGGCGUCCAGUCUAAGAGGCCGUGCACAGCCCCAGACAUUCUUGUAGGUUAGUGGCGUGGAAUAGUAUGAUGAACAGCGACGAUUGCAAUAAGAUAUGGCAUGAUAAUAACUUUCUUUCUCUUGAGAACUCCAGGAGCAGAAAUUGUUUUUGUUCACACAGAUCGUGGCAUGUCAUAGACUGGCAGGCAGUGCUAUCCGAGAUGAUCUGGAAAAAAAUUGACGUUGGUGGUGGUUUCUUCCCAGGCGAGUUUUUAAGGAUUCAGCCGCAAUUGGCUGCGGAGAAUAAUGUAGGUCAGGGAAAAGGGGAUCUUUAGG